GGUACUCCCAAGUGAGACGACAGUUCUACCUUUAAACUUAAAUGCUCAAAUAAUGUUAGUGUGUCCCGGGGUCUACUACACCUACUUCAACCACAAGUUCUGGCUUGCUCAUGCCGGCCAACAGACCUCAUCACAACGACCUGGUCCAAUCUCCAACUCAUGCGCGGAAGAAUACUACACUGGUGGACCCAAUAACGGUAGUAAUUACGACGGUCAAAGAAUCCACGUGAUCAAAGCUUCUUCCACCGAUCUUUGGGCGUCGACAUGGAGCUAUGCCGAUGUCUGGUCAAUUGAUCCAUCUGUGUUGAAGCUGAAUGGUAACAAUUACAUGAUAUAUUCAACCCAAGAUAGUAAUGCGCAAUGCCUUUUCAUUGCGUUUAUCAUGCAAAUUCUGUCACUCCUGGCCAGUGCGAUGGAUCCAGGUAAGAAAUAUGUAGUCGUCUUCACCGCAGCUGAUUCUCCCCUCAGGUAUACGAUGGCUCAACCUGUAGAGUGGAACAGCGAUG